AUGCUUCUCGCUCUCUUAUUCAUCCCCCUGGUGAGCAGUGCUGAUCUCAUCCCUAGGGAACUAUUGUUUUCUGAUGCGAAUUAUUCUGCAAUCACACUAAGCCCUGAUGGAAAAGUUUAUGCAUUCAUCAAGCCAGAUGAAAACAAUAUCAAAAAUAUAUUUGUGAAAUGUACAUCGUGCAAACAUACUCGUCAGGUGACUUUUGAGAAGCAAAGCGAUGUACUUGGUUACACAUGGACUGGAGUUCCAGAUAUAAUUCUUUUCACUCAAGAUAGAAAUGGAGACGAAAAUACCAUGCUCUUCAAGAAAAAUAUCUCUGAAGAAGCCAUAGCCGAGGAUCCGCAGAAGAGUACAAUAAUCUCGAACAAACCCGGUGUCAAAGCGCAAAUUUUCGGUAACAACCAUCGAAGCUCUCGAAUUCUGAUCGGACUCAACGACCAGAACCCAUCAUACCACAAUGUGUACAUCUACGAUCUGCUGACUGACUCGAUGACAUUACAUUUGAAAAACGAUCGUUUCCCAGCAUUCGUUGUAGACAAUGAUAUGAACAUUCGUCUUGCUGUACAAGAACAACCGGAUGGUUCAUUGAUGUAUUUGAGGCGGUCACCGACGGCAAAUAGACUACCGUACACAUCCGAUCCAUCCGAGUGGGAAAGAUACCUUGUGGUUAAGCCAGAUGAUAGAGCAGUCACCAACCCUGUAUCAUUCGACAAGAGUAAUCAGUACAUGUAUUGGAUCUGGGGAGACGAGAAUAUUGACCUCGGAACUCUUGUUGUUUUCAAAUUUGACGAACCCGAGGUUCGAGAAGUUCUAUACACUGCAACAAAAGCUGAAAUUGGCAGUAUCCUGAUUCAUCCAACAGACAAAACUGUAUUGGCAGUUGCUGAGGUCUAUCACCGACCAGAAUUGUUUGUAGCAAAUGGAACAAUCAUGGAAGACCUCCAAUAUUUGGUAAAUCUUCGACCACAUGGCUCACUGCAGAUCCUAUCUAUCAGUCUAGAUAUGUCCACGUGGCUGGUAACCUACUUGUCUGCUGACAAGCCCUAUGAAGUCUUCUUGUACAGAACCCAUUUGAAAUCUGCAGAAUUUCUCUUCAAUGUGCGACCCGAACUCGGACAAUACAAGCUAAACAAACAAGUAGGAUUCGACUUCAAGGCCAGAGAUGAUACAGUUCUGCAAGCCUACAUCAGUCUGCCACCAGACGCACCCCUUCGCUCAGCUAAAGACGUUCCAGAAGCUGAUCGAGGUUACGCUGAGCUUGGAAUGUUGCCAGUAAAACCACAAAAGAUGGUAGUACUUGUGCAUGGAGGGCCAAAAGCUAGAGACGACUACGGAUUUUCUGGCACAAAUGUUUGGCUGACUAAUAGGGGCUAUGCAGUACUUCAGGUAAAUUUCCGCGGAAGUACUGGUUUCGGUAAGCGCCUGACAAACGCUGGUAACGGUGAAUGGGGUCGAAAGAUGCAUUUCGACAUUCUGGAUGCUGUUGAGUUUGCUGUCGCAAAAGGAAUAGCAAACAGAUCUCAAAUUGCAAUUAUGGGUGGCAGCUAUGGCGGUUACGAAACCUUGGUUGCUCUCACAUUCACUCCUGACGUAUUUGCAUGCGGAGUGGAUAUAGUCGGACCAUCAAAUCUCGUAACAUUAGUACAAGCUGUGCCUCCCUAUUGGAGAGGUUUCUAUCAAGAUCUCAUUAGAAUGGUCGGAGCCGAUGUUACAACAGAAGAAGGACGACAGUCGCUGACCGCUCGAUCUCCGCUCUUCUUCGCUGACCGAGUUACGAAGCCCCUAAUGAUUUUGCAAGGUGCCAACGAUCCCAGAGUAAAACAGCAAGAAUCAGAUCAAUUCGUAGAUGCCCUGCAAAAGAGAUCAAUACCGGUUACUUACAUUCUUUACCCAGAUGAGGGACACGGUUUCAGAAAGGCUAACAAUCGAUUGGCGCAAUGCGGUUUCAUAGAACAAUUCUUACAUACAUGCUUGGGUGGAGAAUAUGAACCAUUCCAACUGGGAGACUACAAUUCCACAGCCAUACUAAAAGCAAACGGAUCGACGCCACAAUCAACUCCAGCCCCUCCACUACCGAUAGUCCCUGCUCUACCAACGCUGGCCCCCCAAUUGUUCUACAGACCCAUCCAGCCUCGAUUCGUUCCCACUCCACUUCACUUUCUUCGACCUACGGUAGCUUUACCCGCAAGGGCUCCAUUCCAACCUAGGUCGUAGGUAUUCGGGUCAUAGGUAUUAUGUAAGAUUCUCAUUUGAUUAUUGUUAUCUUUUGUACAAUUGGGUUCGUUGGUUUCCGUGCAAUAUCUGAUUGUUGUACCAGAUUCGAAACAAGCGCAUAUAUAUGCACUCAUUUGUCGAUGUCAAAUGCUUUAACAGAUGUGAUGUAGAAGGGCUGUACAU